AUGAUGUCCCAGUCCCUCCGGGCCUCGCGCUCUCUCCUCACCCGUGCCUCUCGGCAACAGGUCCCUGUCGCUGCUCGCCGCACCUUCCUGACCUCCGCUGUCCGUCGCGCCGAUCAGGUUCAGGAUCUCUACCUGCGUGAGCUCAAGGCCUACAAGCCCACCCCCGUGAAGCCCAGCGACGCCGAGGGCAACGAGGCCAACCUUGCCAGUGAGCUGUCCGCCUACGAGGCCCAGCAGGUCGAGGUCGAGGGCCAGUCCGCCGCUGGUGAGGCCGCCCCUGCCGAGGAGAGCUGGUUCGAGGAAGAUGAGGAGGAGGCUGCUGCCGCUCACUAA